UUAGCUAAAGAUUUGUAUAACUAAACCAAGAUAGACCACUGCAUGUCGUUUCAAAUGGAAAUAAAUUAGUCAAAGUGAACAGAUCAAGCAAGGAGGUGGGCAGUGCCAAGUACGAUCUUGCGAGAUUCUAUUGGCGCGUUCUAGCAUUUUUUUAAAACCUUUAUUUAACUAGGCAAGUCAGUUAAGAACAAAUUCGUAUUUUCAAUGACGGCCUAGGAACAGUGGGUUAACUGCCUGUUCAGGGGCAGAACGACAGAUUUGUACCUUGUCAGCUCGGGGUUUGAAUUUGCAACCUUCCGGUUGCUAGUCCAACGCUCUAACCACUAAGCUACCCUGCCGCUCCAUUUGGCUCUGCACUCCUUCUAAGCAACGUCUUUUUCUAAAGACUUUGGCAAAGGCUGCCUCCGGUCCUCUACCAUUACUGACCAAAGAUGGCGGCAUCAGGAACCGCAGCCCCCCGUCGUCUCGUCCAGUAUGUUGUGGUCCGGUCAGACCUGGUCCAUACGUUGGCCUGGCCAUUAGGGGCGGUUAUAACGCAAGCCUGCCAUGCUGCCAUCGCUGCCAUUCAUCUGAACUACAACGACCCAGACACGCAGGAGUACUUGGCAGAACUGGACAGCAUGCACAAAGUCGUCCUUCAGGUAGCUGGGACUGGGGCUGUGGACCAGGCCUCCCUCUCCAGCCUGUCUGAGACGCUGACAGAGAAGGGGAUCGCCCACAAGCUGUGGAUUGAGCAGCCAGAGAACGUCCCCACCUGCCUGGCCCUGAAGCCUUACCCCAAAGACAUUGUACAUCCUCUGCUGCACAAGUUCAAGCUGUUCAAAUGACACAGAGGGACAAAGAGAGACCCCUGUAACAUGCAUUUGGUGAAUGGAGUCUGGACCAUGGCUCCACACCAGUCAGUUAAUUUGGUGGUCUUUUUUUUGGUUGACCUUUUGCAUCUUGGUGAUGCUGAAGGGGGAAGAACCAGCACUCAGUGUCCGUGCUCCAACUUCACAAGGAAGAAUCCCACUGAUAAGCAGUGUCAGUGUUUGUCUUCCUACAGUAACAAGGAGGCAUCACUCACUGAAUGAAGACUGCCAUUAAAUGGGCAUUUAAAGAGUGAAUGUCUGUCCACCUAAUUUGAUGUGGCCAAGUAUCUUGUGAUUAAAUUAAAUGGUGAAUGGUUAUGCAAGGUAUUUUCCAGACGCCGAUGGUUGGAGUCUGUUUACAAACAUACAAGAUGUAUUAAACAUGGUCAACUAA